AUGAAGAGGCAGAGCGAGCGAGACUCGAGCCCGAGCGGGCGCGGCUCGUCAUCGUCGGCCAAGCGGCCGCGGGAGCGCGAACGGGAGGCGGAGGCGGGCGGGCGGCGGGCGGCGCACAAGGCCUCGGGCGGCGCCAAGCAUCCCGUUCCAGCGCGGGCCCGCGACAAACCCCGCGGUAGCGGGGGCGGCGGGGGUGGGCAUCGCGACGGCCGCGGCGCCGGGGACGCAAAUCACCGUGCGAGCAGCGGCCGCUCCUCGGGCUCGGGCGCCGGCGGCGGGGGACGCGGCGGCAAGGCCUCCGGGGACCCAGGCGCUUCAGGUGCUUCACCCCGCGCGUCUCCGCUGCCACCACCUCCGCCACCGCCCGGGGCCGAGCCCGCGGGUCCCGGCUCGUCGGCGGCCGCGCCCGAGUACAAGACGCUGCUCAUCAGCAGCCUGAGCCCCGCGCUGCCCGCCGAGCACCUCGAGGACCGGCUCUUCCACCAGUUCAAGCGCUUCGGCGAGAUCAGCCUGCGCCUGUCGCACACGCCAGAGCUGGGCCGCGUGGCCUACGUGAACUUCCGGCACCCGCAGGACGCACGCGAGGCCCGCCAGCACGCCCUGGCCCGCCAGCUGCUGCUCUACGACCGGCCGCUCAAGGUGGAGCCCGUGUACCUGCGCGGCGGCGGCGGCGGCGGCGGCGGCGGCGGCGGGAGCAGCCGGCGAAGCAGCAGUAGCAGCGCUGCCGCCUCCACGCCGCCCCCGGGGCCGCCCGCGCCCGCCGACCCGCUCGGCUACCUGCCGCUGCAUGGCGGCUACCAGUACAAGCAGCGCUCGCUGUCCCCAGUAGCCGCCCCGCCGCUGCGGGAGCCCCGCGCCCGCCACGCCGCUGCAGCCUUUGCCCUGGAUGCUGCCGCGGCCGCCGCGGUGGGGCUAUCCCGGGAGCGGGCCCUGGACUACUACGGGCUGUACGACGACCGCGGGCGCCCCUACGGCUACCCCGCCGUGUGCGAGGAGGACCUGAUGCCUGAGGACGACCAGCGGGCCACGCGCAACCUGUUCAUCGGGAACCUGGACCACAGCGUAUCUGAGGUGGAGUUGCGGCGGGCCUUUGAGAAGUACGGCAUCAUUGAGGAGGUGGUCAUCAAGAGGCCUGCCCGUGGCCAGGGUGGUGCGUAUGCCUUCCUCAAGUUCCAGAACCUAGACAUGGCCCACAGGGCUAAGGUGGCCAUGUCGGGCCGGGUGAUUGGUCGAAACCCCAUUAAGAUAGGCUACGGCAAGGCCAACCCCACCACUCGCCUCUGGGUGGGCGGCCUGGGACCUAACACCUCACUGGCCGCUCUGGCCCGGGAGUUUGACCGCUUUGGGAGCAUUCGGACCAUUGAUCACGUCAAGGGAGAUAGCUUUGCCUACAUCCAGUACGAGAGCUUGGAUGCAGCUCAGGCCGCCUGUGCAAAAAUGAGGGGCUUUCCCUUGGGUGGUCCAGACCGGAGGCUGCGCGUGGAUUUUGCCAAAGCAGAGGAGACUCGGUAUCCCCAGCAGUACCAGCCCUCACCCCUCCCUGUGCAUUAUGAGCUGCUCCCCGACGGGUAUACUCGGCACCGAAACCUGGAUGCAGACCUACGGGUGCGGGAUAGGACCCCCCCACACCUCCUGUACUCAGACCGAGACCGGACCUUUUUGGAAGGGGACUGGACCAGCCCUAGUAAAAGCUCUGACCGCCGAAACAGCUUGGAGGGCUACAGCCGGUCCGUGCGCAGCCGGAGUGGGGAGCGCUGGGGAGAUGGGGACCGGGGCCUGCCCAAGCCCUGGGAGGAGAGGCGGAAGCGGAGGAGCCUUUCCAGUGAGCGCGGGAGGACAACCCACUCCCCUUACGAGGAACGGAGCAGGACCAAGGGUGGUGGGCAGCAGGUGGACCGGGGCUCUGACCGCACUCCUGAGCGAAGCCGUAAGGAGAACCACUCCAGUGACGGGCCCAAGGAGUCCAGCAGCAACUCCCUCAGCAACAGCAGACAUGGGGCUGAGGAGCGGAGCCACCACCACCACCAUGAGGCUCCCGACUCUUCCCACGGGAAGAAGACACGAGAGAGCGAGCGCAAUCAUCGGACCGCUGAGGCUGAGCCCAAGCCUCUGGAAGAGCCAAAACACGAGACCAAAAAGCUCAAGAAUCUUUCCGAGUAUGCCCAGACGCUGCAGCUGGGUUGGAAUGGGCUCCUAGUGUUGAAAAACAGCUGCUUCCCAACAUCUAUGCACAUCCUAGAGGGGGACCAGGGGGUUAUCACGGGCCUCCUCAAAGACCACACUUCCGGGAGCAAGCUGACCCAGCUGAAGAUCGCCCAGCGUCUGCGACUGGACCAGCCCAAGCUCGACGAGGUCACGCGGCGGAUCAAGCAGGGGAGCCCCAAUGGCUAUGCGGUGCUCCUAGCCACCCAGGCGACCCCCAGCGGGCCUGGCACUGAGGGGAUGCCCGCGGUGGAGCCAGGCCUACAGAGGCGGCUUCUCAGGAACCUGGUCUCCUACUUGAAACAGAAGCAGGCGGCGGGGGUGAUCAGCCUGCCGGUGGGUGGGUCCAAGGGCAGAGACAGCACGGGCAUGCUCUAUGCCUUCCCGCCCUGCGACUUUUCACAGCAGUACCUCCAGUCCGCACUGAGGACAUUGGGCAAGCUAGAAGAAGAACACAUGGUGAUAGUUAUAGUAAGAGACACUGCCUAGCCCAAACCUGUUUCCAGCUCCGCAUUUGUGUCACAAAAGCAGUUAUUUUAAAAUCUGACCACCACCUCCUCCCCACAUCCUACCCCCUUGGUUUGAAUUCUCUGCUGGGUUAUUUUGAUUCAUUUAAUGGGGGACCAGAGUCCCGACCCCCCACCAAAACUAAGUUCUUAGAUUUUAGGGUUGUGUUUUGUUUUUGUUUUUUGUCUUUUGUUUUAACAGCAAUGAGAAAAGGGACUCUUGUCAUGUUGAUUUCUAGUGUACGAGAUACUGUCUGCUGUGUUCUGUAUUUUUUUAUUUUUUGACUAACUGUAUGGAAAGUUGUCAGUAAAGCCUUUGUCAGAGGAUGGAUUUUUAA